CGGGAAGUGCUUGUUGGAGGUUUAUUUUGGCUAGCUUUUCACUCGUGAUGGAGGAGAGAGAGAUGGGCAGAUACAUUUGCUCAUUCGUGACAAAAUUACCUUGAUCAUAAUCGGACAGGGGCAAUUUAAGGUGAACGCUUCUCAAAAAUUGAGGUACAUGUCUGAAGAGAGCAAUGUCUCGCCCUGAGAUUACAGGUCCAAGUGCUUGGGCUUUUUCUCUGGGCCAGAGGAGUCUGCUAGGCGUUGGCGCUGUUCUGGCAUGGAUGGUUCUUUUUCAUUUGCUGGUGAAUGUGUGGCUGCUGUGCAUGUUCACUAGCCUGCUGGUGGUGCUGGGAGGCUGGCUGGGUUCUCAAGCCGUUCUGGACUCCAAUAGUGUCAUUCACCUCGAGCGCUUUGUCACGCUGGAGCGGGUGCGCAACUCCCCUGAAAGCGAGCUGCAACUGGAACAGGAGCUCCGGCGCACUGUGCGCAAGAUUACCCGCGACUUUGUCUCCUCUUGGUACCGCACCGUGUCUACAGAGCCUGAGUUCGUGGUAGAAGCACACGACGCCAUGCUAGCCAUGGCGAUGGAGCUGAAUAGGAGGGCUAGGAAUGUGGAAAGGAAGGCCCUGACACAGAGGGUACUGGACCUGUUUGGUGGCCACCUGCAGAUUUUCUUGCAGGUGCAAGAGAUGGUGGGGCAGCCAGGUGCAGAAGACUGCCGCCCUUCAGAGUCUGGUGUGUGGAAUGUGUACCGCACAGUAACCACGCCUCACCCGGCUCUCCAGAGCCCUGCUGCGGACGUGAAGUACGCCCGGGCUGUCGUUGACCUUCUCUUACAUGUGCUGGUUCCGCCCCCUCACCUGGAGACACGAACAGGCCGGUUUGUAGUGGGAGAGCUCAUCACCUGUAACGUGCUCCUGCCCCUCCUCAGCAAGAUCUCUGAUCCCGACUGGCUCAACCUGCUGAUUGUCAACAUCUUCUCCAAGUCUGGCAGGCCGGACACGGAAAUGGCGGAGGCGCCCACAGGAUGGGACAAGCCCCUGCCUGUCUCUGACCCCGUCACUCCGAUGCCCCCAGCCACUGCACCGAAUGGGAGGGUUGGAUCUGUUCCCACGCCCUCGCCCACACCCGAGCUCUCUGUGUACGAUGUAGUCGAUGCUGCAGAGCAGUUUGGUCAGCAGAACAUGGAGGAAGAGGAGGAGGAGGAGGAGGAGGAAGUGGAGCCCAGGCAGGAGGUUGGGUCCAGCCAGUUCCCUUUGGGAAAGUGUGCCGAAAUUCCUGCCGACUUUCUGAGGCCCACCAAAUUCAACCCUUUUUACCAAGAGACGGACUCUGACUUGGAGUCUCCUUCCUCAGAUUUUAAGAGGACCUCUAUGGAGUCGCUGGUUCUGAUUGGGCAAGAAGAGGUGCUGUCAGACCGGCUGAGGGAUUGUGCCACGCCCACAGACAUCAGCAGCGUGGGGGACCUGGAGGAUGAGCAGGGUUACGUGGCUUUAGGAGAGGCCCCCUGUCCUCAGGUGCUGGUAUCGGAGGGAUUGACAGGCCCUGAUUUGGGCAAGGAGGUGGAGGGAGAGCGGGGCGAGUGGACAGGCAGGGGUAACCCUAAUGAGCUCUCUGUGACCGCUCCCCUGCUGACGUCCUCCCCCAGUGCAGGGGGCGUGCCUCUCUCCCCCUUCAGCUUUGAGCCACUCAGCAGCCCCGAGGGGCCAGUCAUCAUACAGAACCUUCGCAUCACUGGCACCAUCACUGCCAAAGAGCACCGUGGCACUGGCUCCCACCCCUACACCCUCUACACGAUUAAGUAUGAAACUGCGGUGGACAGUGAGAAUCCCGGCUCUCUCCAGCCAGUGGCCUAUCACAUGGUAAACCGUCGCUACAGCGAGUUCCUCAAUCUGCAGACCCGACUGGAGGAGAAACCAGACCUGCGCAAAAUUCUCAAAAAUGUGAAAGGGCCAAAGAAGAUCUUUCCUGACCUUCCAUUUGGAAACAUGGACAGUGACAAAGUUGAAGCUAGAAAAGCCUUGCUUGAAACAUUUCUCAAGCAACUUUGUGCCAUUCCUGAAACCGCUAACAGUGAAGAGAUGCAAGAGUUCCUGGCCCUCAACACGGACGCAAGAAUUGCUUUUGUGAAGAAGCCUUUCAUUGUAUCACGGAUAGACAAGAUCGUGGUGAACGCCAUCGUGGACACCCUAAAAACAGCCUUUCCUCGCUCGGAGCCGCAGAGCCCCACCGAGGAAGUGGACGGCGACGGCGAGGGACGUUCGCCAUCCGAGACCAAGAAGUCAAAGUCCAAACUGAGAUUCUCCAGUAAAAUCACUCCAGUUCUCAGCUUGUCUGACAUUCAGCCCAAAGUGCUUUACUGCUUUAAUGAGGCGAGCACAGUGUUCAGCGGCCUCUCUCUGUCUGGGCUUGAGGCCUUCAUUAAGGAGCAGGAGAGGCUGCUGUGCAAGACGCCAGUGCGGGAGGUUGGCGGGGAGGAGGGCCCCCUGGAGGUGAAAGGAGGUACAGCAGCUUGUGCUGGUUCUGAGAGUCUGCCAGCAACACAGAAGCAUGGAGCAGUAGCGGAGACGGCUCUGGCGGACAUGGCUCUGAAUAUCCUGUGUUUGAUGAUGAAGGAUCAUUGGAGCUGGGUCUGCACUGACAACAUCCAAAAGAGCAUCAGACUGCUGUUUGGAACUCUCAUCGACAGGUGGCUGGAUGUGGGAGUGGCUAACCUCACCUGCACGCAGUACUGGGUGACGUACCUGCGCGUGCUCCAGGAGGCCGUGUGGCCCGGGGGGGUCCUGCCCACCCAGCCCCGCCCCCAGCGCAGCCAGCAGCAGAAGGACGAGACCAGGCGGCAGUCCCUGCACUGCCUGAUGAAACUGAUCCCAGAUCUCAUCUCUGACUUGCUGGGUUCUGACAAGUACAGAUCGAGCUGGCAGACAGUGCUGGGCUCCCUUCAGGACCCCAACGUAAACAGGCACCUGGUGUACUGUUUGUGUGACCUGCUGCUGGAGUUCCUGAUUCCUGAGUCCUCAGACGAGGACUUUCAGAAAUCCCUGCUGGACAGCCUCUCCAGGAACACGGACAAGCCAUCUGCCUGAAACUACGGCAGAACCCCUCUGUCCUGAAGCACACACAAACUCACACACAAGCACUUAAUACUUUGGCAGCUGAUCAAGAAAAAUAUGAGGAGUAUAGGUACCUGAAGAAGGCUCACAGAAUCUCUUCGUUCAACGUGUCCCUACCUUCAGAAUCUGUAUUCUGAAUGAACUGAAUUUUCCCAUUACAGCUUUUCCUAUCUGCUAGCUAGAGACUACAUUACCCAUUGCACACUGCAGCUCGACUGUGUGCUAUUUAUGAUAUUUAUGCUUACUGUGUACUAGUGAUAGGCAACUUGAUGGUGCUUACUGUGCGCUAGUGUUUAAUUCUGAGCUUGGAUGGACUGUGUUUGAGACCCUCCUCCCCAGAUCCAUCUCCUCCCUGUUUUCACUCUGAAUCUAAACCUUUGGCAAACCCCUUUCAUAUGAACCUAACACUGUUGCAAUGUUUCCUGGCCUUGCCCUUAAAGAAACAUGGAUUUAUUGGAUGGGGGUUUGGAUGAGGUGUCAGAGGGAUCUAAUUCUUACUUCUUCCCGAUGUUUGCAGUGGCAUGCUCUUGUGUCUCGUGGCUGUUUUGCCUUUUUUCCUCGUUAGAUACCAAACCACCCUUUCUUGGUGAAGCCCGCCGGCAUGUUCUGGUCUAAGCAUGUAACGUGUGUGGGUGCGCGUGCCUCGUUUGCUGGUCCAAGUGCGGAAUGUUUGCAUGUGUGUUUGCCUUGUUAUCUAACGGUUGUAUUCCAGGCCCCAUCCAAGGGCCUCUGGUUUUGGUUGGUUUCUUUCUCUUUGUAGUACAAACUGCUGUAAUUAUUCCAUGGAUGCGUUUGGACCUAUCCAACCAUUCCAAUGGGGGGUAGAGGGAUGGGGAGGGGGGGGAGCGCUGCUGUCUAAAGCGCAUUAUCAGCACCUGGCAUUCUGUUUCUUAGGCCUCACACUUGAGCAGAAACUGCAAGGGUUGCACAAUUCUGUCUGCCUCUGCAUGAAAAACAGACCACCAUGUUUGUGGAGCCCGUCAUGCUAGCAGAAGUCUUCAGUCAAGCAGCUAUGAAACUUUGUGCUUAGCAAUCAAUACUGAAUUUAUGCAAGAAUGACUUUUUCCAUUUGAUUUUUAUGAACUUCACCAAGAAUUUGUCAGUUAUCUAAAUGAAUAAUAUUGUGUAAGACUUGAAUAGGCACAAUAUGUUACAAUUCAUGCAUCAAAGCUAUGGGCAGUUCUGUAGCGUACCUUCUCCCAGGUGUGGGGGCAUGGCGUGUCCCUACAUGCAUAUUUGCAUUGUUUUUGUUUAUACGGCUUCAUUUGCCAACCCUCAUUUCCUGGUUUCUAUACCUGUAGAAAAAGUAAGCCGCAUGUGAUGGUUGUUGUGAAAGCCAAGCUGCAGUGAAUUGUUUUUUUUCCGAGCCCAGAUUCUGUGGGAAGCCAGUGUGUUUCACCGCCGGGGGGGGGUUUCCCUGGUUCUUGGACCCAAGUGUCUUACGGAAAGCUCGUUUUGAGAGACGCUGCUUUGAAGGAAGUAACGCCGUUUCAACGUUCCAGUUUGUGAAUGUGUGGAUAAUAAUCAUCUCUUGUUUUCAGUUUGCGUACAGUGCCUCACCUGCUUUCUUUCUCUUCCUAUUUAUAUACAUGUUAAAUUAUUUAAUUUAUUUUGUUGUGUAUACUGAUGACGUCUCUGAAUAGUCUCUCGUGUGAUUGAAGUGUAGCAGCGGGCUGUGGAAGAAUAGCUAGUUUUCCUGACGGCCUUUGAAAGGCUGGUUACGAGCGCGAUCCGCCUCGAUGUGUUCUCUGUACCCCUCGUUCCCUCGCCACUCACUGCAAAUCACUCACCGGGCAUUCAGAAGCCUUUUCUAAAAAGGCCGUGAAGUAACCCUAGUGAAUGAAUGACCCGUCUCUUUACGUGAACAAAAGGAGAGGGUGUGGCUGGCCAUACAGCGCACAAUGAAGCUGAGCUCCAGUUUGAUAGCUUUAUUGGUAUAUGGUCAGGCACUUCAGUCUUUCAGAGAACAGUACGAGCUUCCCUUUGAUGUCCUGUUUCGGGGUGUAUUUCUUACGCCGUGGGGACCAGUGAGAAAAGUGGGGGUGCCAAGUUCGUGUUUUGUCUGGUGAGGAGGAUGCAGUCUGUCUCGGUUUGUCCUGGCAACGUGCAAUUGCAUUCAGAGGUGGACUUGGCUGAAUGAUGUUUCUAAUUGAACUGCACUUAACCAUGUAAUGGUGUAAACAUGCCCAAUGCCUGUGAUUCAAACUGCUAUGCAACAGUAAACCUUUAUUUUUCUCCACCUUCCAAAAGGGCACAGCCUUAAGCCUUUUUCUCUCUGCUGAUGUAAAUGCAUAGGAGAGUAUUGUCCUUAUACAGAAUUAGAGUAAUUUUACAAUAAAGCACUGAAUCUAUUAUCUGUCAUAUGAUCUGUAUACGUGCUGCCACAGUGGCAGACUUGUAUGGUCCCAUCCUCCUGAAUAACAUUAACAUUGCUAAGGCCAGUUGGGAAUCCUGUAGUUUGGUGCUUGUGUUGUAGAACACGCCAACAUAAGCAGUCUCUGGUGCGGGUAAUUGUUCUGGUGCGGGUAAUUGCAUCAUGCAAUAAUAAAAGCAUCCAAAAAAUG